ACUAAUUUAAUGACAUUAGAGAUUAUUUUGUCAAAAUUAAGAAAAUAGGGACUAAACUACUACUUACUAAAGAAGUUAGGGACUAUAGGUGUCAAUUACAAACAUCUUUGCCGUCUCUCUCGCUCCUUCGUCCCUCACCCCAUUCAAAACACACAGAGACACGCCGGCCCAAUACGUUUGUCUGAAAGAAACAAAAAACCCCCCCAAAACCCCAAACCCAAAAAACCUCUCAGAAAUGUCGGCAGUAGUUUCAUCACCGCCAGAAAUGGUGGUCAAGAACCGCUUCCUAGGGUUCCUGAUAUGGCAGUCCAUCCCUUCCACCGCCAUUUUCCUCUUCUCCAAAACCUUCCUCUCUUCCCUCUCCCCCAAACCCUCCCCCCUCACCGCCACAAUCACCUUCCUCACUUUCCACCUCUCUCACCUCCUCUUCUCCGCCUUCCUCUCCCUCGUCUCCUCUCCCUGGCCCCUCCGCCCCGCCCACCCGCUCCGUCUCUUCAUCGCCUUCCUCAGACUCCUCGUCUCCGGCGAGCCCGGAUCGCCGGAGUUUCGCCGCCGGGCCAGGGUUUCCCUCGGAUUCUUUCUGUUUGUUUUGGCUGCAGCGGCGUCGGGGCUCGUGGCGUCCGCAUCGGUCUGUGUGGUGGGGCCGCUCGGAGAGUCGGAUGAUGGAUUGGUUGGGAGAGUGGGCUUUAGGGGUUUCGUUAUGGGUUUGCUCUAUGGACUGCAUUAUGUGUAUAAUCGCCGUUGGGUCUUGGAGUUUCCCAUCAUUCAGCGCCCACCUUUCUUCAGCUUUAAGAUGGGGCUCCCACCAGCUACUACUCGAGCUUUAAAGCUUUCAGGUGCUGCUUACCUCCUAUCUACUGCCCUCAUGGUACUUCUACCAGAUCAAUUUGCUAGUCACGUUACAGUGGGAAAAUUCAUUGCUGAGCAAGUCCUAUUUUACCUGGGAAGUUUUGCGGUGUUUCUCAGUUGGGAAUUAAGUCAUCACUUGCAUUGGGUGUUGCAUACAAAGAGGUUUAUAUUUGCACCACCAAAAGGAUCAGCUGCAGCUGAAACAAAUCCAAGUGAGUCUCUCCUUGCUGCGUUGGAGGAGAGCAACCCAGGUUCUCUUCUUUGGUAUCUUGCAUACGUCGAUCUCUGCAUGGUUUGUGAGAAUAAUGUUGAUGUGUGGCGGAGGGCUGCCUUUUUCGAAGAAAGUGGCGAGACUUACAAAAGAGUGAUAGCAGUCGGCUUGAGGCCUCUGGAGCAGCUUGCGUCUAAACUGGGUGAAGCUUUGGAUAGUUCUAGUGACAAAAAUUCCCAAUUAUCAAAUCAGUUGCGUUCUCCAACCGACAUAAAACCAGAUCCGAAUUGUUCCGAACUGCUAAACGAUUUCCAGCUAUAUACAUGGUGUGCCAGAAUUACCGCCUCACUGACCGCAUGCUCUCACGAGGAGGAUAGGUUUGGCAUAGCUCAGCUCUCCGGUAGUAAUGCAGCUGUGGUCUCAACGCUAGUUUCUUGUCUUCUUGUCGUCGAAUCGUUCAUGGGGAAGAAUAUCAACGUGCAGUCUCCGAAUAACUUGAUGGGACCAGCGGGUAUAAAAUGGGCGACAUCAAGCAUGAGAAGAACAGACAUUGGCAUGCGCAAAAAGAGAGGUGGCCCUGUACAUUCCAAAGCCUACGCCAUUGCUGAUGUUCUGAAGACCUCAAUAUACCAGGUAGUGUCUGCUUUCCACGGUGAAAUGGUGGCUAGUGCUAAAGUAGGUCUUCUGGAGAAGGAUUGGAUCAUUGCGGGUAAGCCUCUAUUUGGUAGCCGCGAGCUGCUUCUGCAGAAGCUACAGCUCUUCCUGGAUUUUCGAGCCACUUAACUGCUGAGUUUGAUCUAAGAUGCUCUUUCUCAUAUUUGGCCCUCACUCUUUUACUUGUACGGACCCCAGUUGUGAAAGGGGUCCUUUUACCCCAGAGGAGUCAAAAAGCCUGAAACAUGAAGGAAAUUACAUCAGUUUUGCUUUAAAAGAGAAUGUUCGAGGUCUAAAUGAUAAAUUGCACAGUUUUUCGAAUGCAGCAAAAUGCAAAAUGAGUUUUUUUUUUCUC